AUGCCCGGUUUGGAGACCUCUCUUGCGAUUCUCCCCUUCUACCACUUCAUCUCGCCUACGAAGCGGCCAGCUUUCGAAAACCUUCCUCCAUGGAUCCGGGACCGAGUUCAUGCGAAUAGAGUCGCCAGCAGUACAGCAUCGAAAGAUGCAGAAAGAGGAAGGGCUACGUUUGGCUCAGUAUCUCACGAUCCCAAGUACUGGCCACCACCGAAGCCUGUAAAGUUCAAACGACAUAAGAGCGUGCUGCGGGCAUCUGUCAGUAGCCAAGAUGGGCCACAGAAUAAGCAGACCGUUGAGUCAAAGAUCAAAUCAAAAUCUCGUUCUACGAUUGGACUCUGCCAGCUUUCAAUGUCAGGGGAAGAAUCGUCUUCCGAACAGUCACUGCAGCCUCCUGGCCAACGUCGGCCGUCCGUGUCCGAUCGCUUGACCGCACUCGCAGAUGAGAGCAAGGACUGGUUCGAUUCGAUCCUGAAGACCCGCUCCCAUACGCUUGACUACGCAGCUGAAGGCAAGAACUGGGUCGAAUCAUUCUUCCAAAUGGAGGCUAUUCUAGAGGCACGCAGACGGAGAGAAGAACGCAGAGAGUUGGCCUUUGAGGCUAAGCUCAAAAACUCGGUUCCACAAACGCUUGCAAGCCAGGAGAGUGAAGCUGGAGUUUCGACGUCGUCGAUUGAGCAGUCGACAUCUGUCACGUCGUCGAGGAUCCCACGUCUGAGUGUGCAACCGAACGGAAGACUAAGUCUGAUCAUCCAAGACGAGCCUGCGACUUCGACAGAGAAUCAGGGACUGAGUGGAUACCUCACUCCCGAUCAGCAAGAAUCUGAACUCAAACCGGACGUAAACGAGCCCGACAAGGAUGUUGCUUUCACUGGGUAG